AUGCGUAGGCAUGAGUCUAAAUGCAUCCAAGAAAUUGUUGGAGAUGUUAUAGCUAAAUUGGGAAGAGUUAUUGCAGUUGAAGAAAAAAACCAAGUUGGUAUCCAUUCUCGAGUUCAUAAAGUAAAUGCAUUGCUGAAUUUGGGGUCUGAUGAGGUUCACUUUAUAGGGAUUUGGGGAAUGAGUGGAAUUGGUAAAACAACCUUAGCAAGGGCUGUUUUUGACCGAAUAUCGAUUCAUUUUGAAGGUGCCAUCUUUCUCUAUGAAGUUAGAGAACAAUCAAAAAGUCUGGAAAUUUUGCAAGGGAAGAUUCUUUCAAAAAUUCUUUGCUCAAAAGAUUGGAGAAUCAGCAGUGUUGUUGAAUGGUCAAAUAUGAUUCAGACAAGACUAUGCUAUAAAAAAGUCCUCAUUGUUCUUGAUGAUGUUGACUGCCUAGAUCAAUUAGAAGCUUUAGCUGGAAAACAUCAUUGGUUCGGUGCUGGUAGUCGAAUUAUCAUAACCACAAAAGAUAAGCAUUUGCUUGUUACACAUGAAGUACAUGGAAUUUACGAGGCGGAGUUGUUGAAUCAAUCUGAAGCUAUUCAGCUGUUUAGUCGGCAUGCUUUUAAGAAGGACUAUCCUGCAAAAGAUUAUGAGGAGCUUUCAAAUGAAAUAGUGCAUUAUGCUGGUUGGCUUCCCUUAGCUCUAAAAGUUUUAGGUAGCUUUCUGUAUGGUAGAGACAUGGUUGAAUGGAGAAGUGAACUGGAGAGAUUAAAAAGAAUUCCAGAAGAUGAAAUUAUGGAAAAGCUCAAAGUAAGUUUUAAUGGACUCAGAGAAGUUGAAAAAGAAAUUUUCUUGGACAUUGCGUGUUUCUUUAAAGGGAAGAAGAAAGAAUACAUAAGAAGAGUACUUGAUAGUUUCGAUUUCUAUCCUGAUAUAGGCAUAAAGGUUCUCAUCGAGAAAUCUCUGGUAACCGCUCCGGAUGAGCCAGGAAAGCACAGCAGGCUCUGGGUAGCAGGGGAAAUUUGUGACGUUUUGGCUAGAGACAAGGCGACAGAAAAUAUUGUGGGCAUGUGGCUGGACUUGUCUACCCCAAAAGAUGUUGUAAUUAAGAAUGAAGCCUUUGAAAAGAUGAAGAAACUAAGGCUACUCAAAAUCAAUAAUGCUUGUGUUUCUUGUUGCCCAAAUUGCAUACCAAAUGAGGUUCGGUGGCUUAACUGGCAUGGAUACCCUUCAAAAUCCCUUCCAGAGAGUUUCCAAGCUGAAAAACUCGUAGGACUGAAGCUACAAUAUAGCCGCAUCAUACAACUGUGGAAAGGGAUAAAGUCGCUAGACAAAUUGAAAUACAUGAACCUGAGCUAUUCCCAGAAGCUAAUAAGGACACCAGAUUUCACAGGGAUACCAAAUCUCGAGAGAUUGAUCCUUGAAGGUUGUUCAAGUCUUGCUGAGAUACACCCGUCAGCUGGGUUUCUGAAAAGGCUUCAAAAAUUCAAUCUGAGGAAUUGCACAAAUCUUAGGAGCCUUCCAAAAAAAAUUGUCUUGGAAAGUCUCGAAGUAAUGAUUCUCUCAGGAUGUUCAAAAGUUGGAGAAUUUCCAGAAAUCUUGGGUACUACGGAGCAUUUAAAAGCGGUGUAUUUGGACGCUACAGCCAUAAAAGAACUACCACCAUCAAUUGAGCACCUUACAAGCCUUGGUUUGUUGAAUCUAAGCUACUGUGAAAGUCUCGCAAGUCUGCCAAGUAGCCUUUGCAGAUUGAAAAGUCUUAAAGCUCUUAUUCUUUCUGGCUGCUCAAAACUUGACAAGUUACCAGAAGAGCUAGGGCAUGUACUGAGCUUAGAAGAGCUUUAUGCUGAUGGAACUGCCAUCUCCAAUCCACCAUCCACAAUCGUACUUUUGAAAAACCUAAAAAAAUUGUCUUUCGGAGGAUGUAAAGCAGUGGCAUCUCGUAAACGUAAAGCAUCCUUCCCCUUUUGGUUGCUGGGUCAAAAAAAUCAAGAUUCAACUGGCUUGGUUUUUCCAUCUGUUUCAGGAUUAAAUUCCCUAGCAAGACUAGAUCUUAGUUACUGCAAUCUGUCAGACGAAGGAUUACCUUGCGAUUUAGGGAGCUUAUCCUCCCUAUUAGAAUUAAAUCUUGGCAAGAACAACUUUACUAGUAUCUCUGCUGCAGGUAUCAAGAACCUCAGUCACCUUCGAAUCCUUGAAUUAGUUGGCUGCAAGAGACUUGAGAAACUUCCAGAGCUUCCACUUUGUAUAGAAGAAGUGUAUGCAGAUGAUUGUACAUCAUUGCAGAGUGCAACUGAUCUGACAAACCAUGGGAAGUUACGCACGGUUUCAUUCAGUAAUUGUUUCAAGCUGCUUCAGGAUGAACAAACUUCCAGCAUGAUAUAUGCAACCUGGAAUCAAAUGCUGAAGGAAUUUUCACUUGUAGAUGGUGGUAACUUUAGCAUCUGUCUUCCUGGAGGGAGCAUUCCAUCCUGGUUCACCUACCAGAAUUCAGGGCCUUCAAUAACAGUUAAACUUCCUCCAAAUUGGUACAACGAUGAGUUCAUGGGAUUCGUAGUUUGUGGUGUUUCUGAUUUGAUAACGACGAGAGCAGGUUUUGGUUUCAAGUUUACUCUCAUAGAGCAGGAGAUGAAGCGCUAUAGCCAACAGGGAACUGAAAACAACAUACUUGGCUAUAGCCAAGGGGAUUUAUUCAACAUAGGUUAUGUGGGAACUGAAAACAACAUUGAUUCAGAACAUACUUGGCUAAGAUAUCUUUCAUUUGAUACUAUUUGGUCUAUGAAUGGACAUCGGGUACGCAGCCCAAAUGAUUGGACUUCCAUUGAAGUGUCUGCUUAUGUUGAUGUUUUCAAAGCAUGGGGAAUCAGUCUUGUAUAUACGAGAACGAUGUUAGGCAGAAUUCCGAACUUUUGA